CCGCCGGGCCGGGGCCGGGGCCGGGGCCGGGAUCGGGGCCGGGAUCGGGGCCGGGGCCGGUGGGUGCCCGCCGCCAUGUACGACUGCCUGGAGGCGCUGGCGGGGCCGCGGCGGCUGCACGACGUGACCAACCGCGGGGCCUGCGCCCUGCGCAAGGCGGGGUACGGGCCGCGCUGCGGGGCCCUGCCGCCCUUCGCCUGGCCGCCGCCCGCCCGCCGCGCUGUGGAGACCCAGAGCCGGAGCUCGGAGGAGAUGGUGCCCAGCUCGCCCUCGCCGCCCCCCCCGCCCCGCGUCUACAAGCCCUGCUUCGUCUGCAGCGACAAGUCCUCGGGCUACCACUACGGCGUCAGCUCCUGCGAGGGCUGCAAGGGCUUUUUCCGCCGCAGCAUCCAGAAGAACAUGGUGUACACGUGCCACCGGGACAAGAACUGCCAGAUCAACAAGGUGACGCGCAACCGCUGCCAGUUCUGCCGCCUCCAGAAGUGCUUCGAGGUCGGCAUGUCCAAGGAAGCCGUCCGUAACGACAGGAACAAGAAGAAGAAGGAGGUGAAGGAGGAGGUGACGGCCGAGAGCUACGAGCUGAGCCCGGAGCUGGAGGAGCUGGUGCAGAAGGUCAGCAGAGCCCACCAGGAGACCUUCCCCUCCCUCUGCCAGCUGGGCAAAUACACCACGAACUCGAGCGCUGACCACCGGGUGCAGCUGGACCUGGGGCUGUGGGACAAGUUCAGCGAGUUGGCCACCAAGUGCAUCAUCAAGAUCGUGGAGUUCGCCAAGCGCCUGCCCGGCUUCACCGCCCUCAGCAUGGCCGACCAGAUCACCCUCCUCAAGGCCGCGUGCCUCGAUAUCCUGAUGCUGCGGAUCUGCACGCGCUACACGCCGGAGCAGGACACCAUGACCUUCUCGGACGGGCUGACGCUGAACCGCACGCAGAUGCACAACGCCGGCUUCGGGCCCCUCACCGACCUCGUCUUCGCCUUCGCCGGGCAGCUGCUGCCCCUCCAGAUGGACGACACCGAGACCGGGCUGCUCAGUGCCAUCUGCCUCAUCUGCGGAGACCGCAUGGACCUGGAGGAGCCGGAGAAGGUGGAGAAGCUGCAGGAGCCGCUGCUGGAAGCGCUGAAGGUGUACGCGCGCCGGCGCCGGCCCCGCCAGCCCCACAUGUUCCCCCGCAUGCUCAUGAAGAUCACCGACCUGCGUGGCAUCAGCACCAAGGGCGCAGAGCGAGCCAUCACGCUGAAGAUGGAGAUCCCGGGGCCGAUGCCCCCCCUCAUCCGGGAGAUGCUGGAGAACCCCGAGAUGUUCCAGGAGGAGGAGGCGGCGCAGCCCCCCCCCCCCCCGGAGCCCCCUGCUGCCCAGGACAGCCCCCCCGGCCCCCCCGCUUCCCCAUAGCCCCCUGCCCUUGCUGGGGGGGCCACCAUAACCCUCCACCGGGGUUGGACAUUCACAACUGCCUUCCAGGGCCCCCCCCUUGCUCCGGGGAGGGGGAGCCCCCAUGGUGUGCCCCCCCCC